CAGCUCAGCAGCUCCGUUCCCCGUGUAAUUUCAUUAUCAUCAAUAAUCAGACGUUCUCGUCUGUAGUAAGAAUUAAGAUAGCAGUGGAAUUUGUUCAACUAACCGGGCCGAACCAAACCUUCCGAAAUUCAAUCGAGAACGUCAAUAAGCAUUUGAAGUACUGGGUAAAUCAGACCAUUCUGAAAAGCGGCACACACUUUGCAUUCGGCCAUCGCACUCUCAUUCAGGCUACCUACCCUAGUAGCAACGAACACCACCACUUCCUCGUGUAACACACAACUGCCAAAUGUAUCAACAACGCAGAGAGUUAUGAGUGCUUUCAAUGCAGAGGGGCCAAAAGAGGCGUCCACGAAUAAUACCAAAAAUUUCGGAUCUACUGUAACGGAAAGCGGAGCCAAUGAUUCCACCAAAACCCAGGAUUCAUCGGAUACUGUUAAUGGCUUAACAGAUUCUAAAUCUGUCAAUCAUUCACCUAACACAAGCCGAUAUGGAAGAAUAAUAAAGUCAAAGCUGCAUGGCAGCUUGCCUUCGAGUGAUUAUAACCUGCUCUCUAACAAGCAAGAACUCUCUAGCCAAAGCAUAAAUGGAAACGGUGGAAGUACGAGUAAAAAAAUUUUUGAAGACCAAGUUAAAUCCGUUUCAAAUCCUUCUCCAGCAGAGAGUUUUAAUAGUACUUUAAAUUUAUCAAAAGAUGCAAGUAACCUGAGUAGUGAUAUGGAGUGUAAUUGGCUGUUAGGUCAGUUAGCCUGGGCACGGAUCGGCACUUUUCCAUUUUGGCCUUGUGUUGUUACUUUAGAACCAGUGACGAUGAUAUAUCACAAAGUGUUACGAACUGGUAGGGCACAGCAAAUGGGCAUACACGUCCAGUAUUUUGGUGAUAAAGGACGGCAUAAUUGGGUAAAAUCCCAUUAUAUGAUCCCUUUUAGUGGUAUUAAGAAUUUCGAAACCCUAGCUGAGUCAUUGACCCCAGAAAUAAAAAAAAAAGACCCUAAAUAUGCAGCAGCAUUCAUUGUUAAGUCUGGUAUGAAACCUAAAUGGGACAAAGCUGUCUCAGAGGCUACAGAUGUCUUGACGAUGACUAAUGAACAACGAGCUGAAGUAUUUAAACCGCCAAUAAAGUUACUCAAAUCUGUGGCAACGGAGGCACCGAAAACGAAUUCUAAAGAGAAAACAAUAGUUCGCAAAAGGAAACUUUCGCCUGAUAAUAACAAAACUUCGCCAAAACGAAUGAAGGCAGAAAACGCUGAUUCGGAAGUGGAUACUGAUGAGAAGCUAGAAAAACCAAAAUCACGUAAACAGAAACGUGAAAACAAUGACAGUAAGGCGGAAGUGAAUCUAAGUGCAAAUACACCACCGACGCCACCCUCUAGUCACAAAGAUUCAAGCGACGAAGCACCGCUUCCUAAAAAACCAAAACCUAAGAAAUUGAAAAAAAUAGUGGAAGGUGAUUUUGAAAUUUAUUUUGAAAGAAACAGAGAUAGAAUACAGGAAGAACAGCCUGAUGCUUCGGAAUCAGAAAUUCGAAGAUAUUUGAAAAAGACUUGGGGCAGCAUGAACAUUGCUUCCAAAAGUUCGUAUCAGGUGCGAUUAAAGCAAAAUAACAGUUCGCCAGUGAAGGGAAGACGCCAUAUAAAGGAAAGUUCCUCCUCAUCUGAAGAGGAAACAGAAGAGGUAAAUGUCUCAUUAGAAGAGGAGCAGAUCUUCACGACGAACAAAAAACUGAAGUCAAGUGCAGAAAAACCUGAUGCUGGUACGAUUGAAAAUACGAAUGGAAAAAAAAAACGACUUCAUAAUUUAUUCAAAGGUAUGAAGCAGGAACGAGUGUGUCAAAUAUGUGAAAAAACUGGCAAGCUUACGAGAUGCAGAGGACCUUGUUACUCGUAUUUUCAUUUGUCAUGUGUCAAACCGGGUGAAUCUAGCCCUGAAAAUAGCAUAGAUGGGAAUAUUACUGAGGAUGAGUUGUUUGAUAAUUCUAGAGACACCAAGGAAAUAUCAGGAGAAGAGGAUGAGAAUAAUCAGGAAGAAGUUGAAUCCAAUGACAAAACGGAAGACAAAAGCGAUGACCCGGUUGAACAGUCUGAAGAAGAAGCAUUCAAGUGCAUAGACUGUUUAUCUGGCGUUGCACCAGCCUGUUUUAUAUGCAAUGAACGAGAAGGUGAUAGAAUUAGGUGCACAGUUUUUGCUUGUGGAAAACAUUAUCAUUCAGCGUGCUUGAAACCUUGGCCACAGUCGCACUGGCAAGGUGGACGACUGUAUUGUCCGUAUCACGUAUGCCACACUUGUAGCUCAGACAAUCCUCGAGAUAGUAAUCAUUUGAGGUCACCGAACGAAAAGCUGGUUCGAUGUGUGCGAUGUCCGUCAUCCUACCAUCCAUCAAUAAUCUGCCUUCCAGCUGGUUCAGGUAUAUUAACUGGUAGUCAAAUCAUUUGUCCGAAACACUACAAAGCUCCUCAUCCUCCGCUGAAUGCUGCGUGGUGUUUUCUGUGCACGCAAGGUGGUAGUCUGAUAUGCUGCGACACUUGUCCAACUUCUUUCCAUCCGGAAUGUCUAGGAAUAGAUGCACCAGAUGGUGCCUUUAUUUGUGAAGACUGUGAAACUGGGCGUUUACCACUAUAUGGUGAGGUAACAUGGGUAAAGUUGGGUAACUAUAGAUGGUGGCCUUCAAUUAUCUGUUAUCCUCACGAAAUACCUCACAACGUGCUCACUAUUCCUCACACCCCUGGUGAAUUUUGCGUUAUGUUUCUCGGAACUAAGAACUACUACUGGGUCCACAGAGGCAGAGCAUUUCUUUACCAAGAUGGCGAUGCGAAUACCAAAACUUCAACAGGUAAAAAAUACGUUGAUGAAGCAUAUAGAAAGGCAUUGGAAGAAGCUCAAGAGAUGCAUCUUCGAUUAAAGAUAGAAAGAGCUGCUGCUGUUAAGGAAAAUGGUCCAAAAGACUUGAAGCCUCCACAUUAUGUAAAACUCAAGGUGAACAAGCCUGUGGGAAACGUUAAGCCUGUUGAAGUCGAGAGUAUUGCUGCUUGUGAAUGCGAUGCAGAUUGGGAUAAUCCUUGUGCCCCAGAAACAGAUUGCUUAAAUCGCAUCCUCUCCGUUGAAUGUAGUUCGGGGAUAUGUCCAGCAGGACCCAAGUGCGGAAAUCAAGCGUUUGUUAGGCGGCAAUAUCCCUCUAUGAUACCUUUCCAUACUGCUGGAAGAGGAUGGGGACUUAAAGCCCUUGAAGCAAUAAAAUCUGGCCAGUUCGUAGUAGAAUAUGUAGGCGAAGUCAUUGACGAAGCUGAGUACAAACGUAGGUUACAUCGCAAGAAAGAAUUAAAAGAUGAAAAUUUCUAUUUUCUAACCAUAGAUAACUUCCGAAUGAUUGAUGCUGAACCUAAGGGUAACCUUAGCCGGUUCAUGAAUCACUCCUGCCAACCAAAUUGCGAAACGCAAAAGUGGACAGUGAAUGGUGAUACGCGAAUAGGCCUCUUCGCACUCAGAGACAUAGAAAUUGAUGAAGAAUUAACUUUUAAUUACAACUUGGCUUGUGAUGGAGAAACUCGGAAGCCAUGCCUUUGUGGUUCGCCGAAUUGCAGUGGAUUUAUUGGGCUGAAGGCCCCGAAACUGAUGCAGCAACUGAAUACCACGCAGGAAAAAAAAAUUUCAAAACAAAAGCGAUCUGGUAAAGUAAAGUCAUGCUGGACAUGUGGGAAUAAAAUAUCAGAUGACGAUUUACUACAAUGUGAUCAGAAAACUUGUGGUAAGAGGUAUCAUAAAUCGUGUGUUACUUUUGAAGACACGGAAUCAAGAUUUAGCUGCCCUUGGCAUCAUUGUGCUGCAUGCAGUCGUAGAACUUCAGCUCAUUGCUCAUUUUGUAGCACAGCAUUUUGUCAAAUUCACAUCGAAGGAAAGUUAACAGAAUAUGGUGAUAAAGGAGGGUUUAUUUGUAACUCCCAUGGAACCAUAGGUUCUGAUAAUAAUGAAUCCGAUAAUGAUACUGAAACUGAAAAAGCGGAAUCUCCAAUUGAAUUCAGUAGUCCACUUAUAACUGGAAACCCACCAACCAGAGAUCCUUCUCCAAGAGUUUCUAUCAUUGAGGUACACGGAAGUAGCGAGGAGGGAGAGGAAUCCCAGAAAGAGGACGACGAUGAACAAGUUGGAAAUGGAAUUCAGCCAGUUAGUGAAGUCGGUAAAAAAAAGAUAUCGAAAAAAAACACGCCAUUAUCCCGGCGGUUCUCUGUAAGGAAGCAGCGGCAAGAAGAAGCAGCAAAAACUCUGAACGCUUUGACCUCUAGUCAAUUAGAAGCGAUAAUCGGAGGUAGCGUUUUAAAUGGCGAAAAAAAUUAUUGAGAAACAGUUAAUUGGUGUGUAUGCAUAUGGUAGAACUAAUUACAGUUAAAAUUAUAUUGAGGGACUAUUCAUUUGUAGUAUAAAAAUUACAUUAAAG